AUGAAAAUAUCCACUCAGGAUCCUCUCAUUGUGUAUUUGAAGCCUAAUCUGGGUGGCCAUGUGCUUGGACUGCCUGGUUUGGUCGACACCAAGCCGCGAAUUGAAGGUGUAUUGAGGAUACAGGCGCGUAAUAGUGUCAAACCCUUUUCAAUUGAGCGGGUGGAGACAAAAUUCACAGCUUUUCAGAGUGCACUGGUGGGUGCAGACAGGUUGCUGGGCUCGAAAGAAGUGACCGAAAAGCAAAUUUUGGGAUCUGAAGACGUGAUAUUUGACCAAGCAGACUCUCCAGACUCUUUCUACACUGAAAUUAAGUUUACUCUGCUACUUCCUGAAAAAUUGUAUCCGACGCUUCAUCUGGUAAAGAAGAGCAAGCAUACCACUGUUCUCAAAAGUCACUCAUUUUUAGAAUUCAAGGUUUUCUUUCACUAUAAAGGACUUGAAAGUCUAAGUGUGAUACGCAGGUAUCCGAUUCCUAUCACUCUUUUUGACAGUUGGCUGACUUUGCACGAAAAAGAAAAGAUCUCUGUGAACCAGGACUUCCAGGACGGAGAGCUUGCCUUGCGUUUGGAUGGUCCCUACAGCUAUGUCGGACCGGGCGAUUCUCUCCCAUUGGUAUUGAGUCUUGCUCCAAUUAAUUUGACUAGACUUGAGACAGAUAUCCAUGUAAAGACGAUCGAGGCCAAGAUUGUCGAGAAGGUGACAUUCCCACUUAGUGGAAUACCGCCCGUUGUUACAGUCAUUACAGAAGCGGUCAGCUAUCCAGACACUGUGGUGCCAGUAUCAGGCCGGAGUUUUGAACUUAAUGUCGCGAUUCCGAGCUAUUUCGACAAAGUUUCAGCGGAUCCAGGCGAAAGCCUUGACGUCAAGGUCAGAGUCGACACUAUUCUGGAGAAACAUGACUCUGUUGAUUUGACGCCACGAGCCACAUUUUCCCCCAGCCUUAGUCAUACCUCAGCGUCGCUGUUUGGUAUUUCUCACAGUUUAACACUGACUCUCCAGUUGGACAAAAGGCGACGCCUCGUUGUCGACUGUGGCACGGUGACGGUGGGCCAGUUUUCCCGCGACGAAUUGGCCAAAUCAGGCAAGAGGACGGUGGAAGACCUGCGAUACGCUAAGAAGUAUCUCGCACACCUGAACAGCUGCGCUAGAGCCGAAGUCCUGUUGGAGAACAGCCCAAACCCCAUAUCUCCAACAAGUAUUCUCUCUUGA